AGCCCCCUGGGGCAGGAGGGAAGAAGGGAAGAGAGGAGGGAAGGGGGCACCGCGGUGCCAGAGCUGCCGCGGAGGGUGGGGAUCGGGGCGCGGGUGGUAUUACCACCACCAUCUUCAUCAUCAUGGCCCAGUCUGUGUGGGGCUACGACAGCGACAAUGGACCCGAGCGCUGGCAUGAGAACUACCCCAUGGCCAAGGGAGAGAAGCAGUCGCCCAUUGAGAUCAACAGCAAAGACGUGCAGCAUGACAGUUCCCUCGCCCCUUGGCAUGCCAGCUACGAUCCCGGGGCAGCAAAAACCAUCCUGAACAACGGGCGCACCUGCCGGGUUGUCUUCGAUGACACUUUUGAUCGAUCAGUGCUGAGAGGUGGGCCGCUCACAGGAGCCUACAGGCUGCGUCAGCUUCACUUGCAUUGGGGUUCCUCUGAUGAUCAUGGCUCUGAGCAUGUUAUAGAUGGAGUGAAAUAUGCAGCAGAGUUACAUAUGGUGCACUGGAAUCCAAAACAUGGUAAUUUCGCUGGAGCUUUGAAGCAACCUGAUGGUGUGGCUGUUGUGGGCAUUUUUCUGAAAGUUGGAAAUACUCCCAAACCAGAGAUGAAGAGAAUUCUUGAAGAAAUUGAUAACAUUAAGACCAAGGGGAAAGAGGCUCCUUUUCUGCACUUUGAUCCUUCAAUUCUUUUCCCCAAAUCUCGGGACUACUGGACCUACCACGGUUCAUUCACUACGCCUCCCUGUGAAGAGUGCAUCACUUGGAUUCUCCUGAGGGAGCCUAUUGAAGUCAGCCCAGACCAGAUGGCGAAGCUCCGUAGCCUUUCCAAGAAUGAUGAGAACGAACCUGCGAACCCACUUGUUGAUAACUGGCGUCCACCUCAGCCUCUGAAGGGCAGGGUAGUGAGAGCCUCUUUCAAGUGAAGUCUCAAGUCUCACUCUGCCGAACCUGAGUGCGAUAAUCCCUGCCUCCCAAAGUGUAGCUAGUUUUUGCUGUCUACUGCUUUUCCUCUGGUUCCAGAACUGUUUUUCUCAGCUUGAAAUUCUGAGUGGUAAAACCAAAUCUGAUUUUGAAAGCAGAAAAAAUACUGUCUGCAAAUACUAACCUUAAUAAGGAAAUGUGAGAUAUAUGUGAUUCUUGACUACAAAUGGCCCAGCAUUUGUGAUAGUGUCACUUCUCUGCCGUGUCGUCUCAGAAGAAAAAUGGGCUCAGUUUCAAUAUUUAAAAUGAAUUUCAAAUAAAAUGUAAUAAAGGCAGAAAAAUGAACCAGUAGUUCAGGAAUGCAAAAAUCACAGUGGGUCAACGGUAUAUGAGCAGGAGGUUAAAUGCCUGCUCCUACAGCAUCUCUAGUAGUGACCUUUCUCAGAUAUCCCACCUCCAGCAUGCACAGCCAAAGAAUAAGUUCCUCUUUAACAUGUCAGAGUUUUCUUUCCCUCUCUUGUUCAUAGUUUGUUAUCCAAGAUUAGGUUAGUAUUCUGAGCAUACAAUCAGGCAUACUCAGCUUCUGUGUAUGAAGAAGAAAAGACACCUUGCUGUCAUAUCAGCAUUUGCUGUCUUGCUGCUGCCCGUUGAUCCUCUUCUCUACCUGUAGAGUGCUGCUGGUAUCUGAUUGCCUUGUGUUUAGAAAAGAAACUUUAGAACUGCUGAGGGGGAAGUGCCUUUCUUCUGCUGCUCUGACUAUGUUACCUCCCAGGAUGAUGGACUUUCAAUUUGUUGCUCUGCCUCAGUUUUAUUUUUGACAUCUUAGUCUGCAUAUUAAUGAUUUCAUCUAUUAGGGAUUUUGCUGCGUAUGUAGAGGGUCUUUGUGGAUGACUCAUAUGUGUCAUUUGUCUUCCCCACUUCUGAAAAAUCCAGGUUAAGUCACCUAAGUGUUCAUUUAUUGUGUCUGUGUGUAGUUAAAGACUCUAAGUGGAGUCUGUUUAGCUCUGUUACUUUCUGGGGAGAUGCAUCAGCUCGCACAUAUAAUCUGAGCAAGGAGUCACUGGCAGACAGAAACUUCUAAAUCAUUUUCUCCUGUCCUUCAUAGUGUAAACUUUAUCUAUUUCAGCAUGCUUCCUAGACAGCACAACACAAGUACCAUCUAGGUUCAACCCCUAUGCAGACUAUGUGAGUAAAGAUCUGCUAUGUUAUAUUUACUGCCAGGUAAAGUAAAUCAUUAUAAAGUAGUGUAUAUAUAGGAGAUUGGGUGGUCAUAGGUGGUGCACAAAUCCUUCAACAAAUUAAACUUCUGGAUUCUCUGUAUUCUUCUAUUUCCUCCAUUCUUCUGGAGAUGAUGCCACAAACAUGCUCACAGCAAUGUUUAUGAGGGAUAUGUCGAAGUCUGAAAAGAGCAAGGUUACGUAUAGCUAGAAUAGGUAUUUCCCAGUUUUCCUUCACUAUUUCACUUCUCACCUUUACUGUAAAAGUCGUGCUCUAACAGGAAAAUAAUGGUUGGCCAACACUGGACAAAUUCUGAUGUUACUACCAGUGCAAUUCAGUGAGAAAUCAGGAAGGAAACUGAGGGCAGAGUUUGAUCCUUUGUAAUAAUUUUGAAAUGUUCAAAGAAUUGCUGAAUUUCUAUUGAAAAUUACUAUUUCAUUUUAUUAGCAGCACAUUUUGCUUAGUAUAAAACAGUUUCAUUUGAAAAUAGAAACAAGCUCAUGGUAGCAGAAAUUAAUAGAAUCCUGUUUACAAACAUUUUGGCAUUGGCUUAAUCUUAUCAGAAGAUCAGCUUUUGAUAUUACCAGUGUACCACUUGCAACUUGAUUUUAAGAGUCUCUUAGAUCUUCUUUAAACUCCUGAAUCUGUACAUCUUUUCAACACAUUAAAAUAUUUCUGCAGAAAGCUCAUAAGCAACAUUUUUUACUACUGUGCCAUGUCUUAUAUGUAACAUUUCUUCUCAUAUUCAUAUGCAGUUUAUCAUGGUGUUGAGAAAAUUUCAACACAAAUGAGAUGAGAGUUUGAGUCUUUCUACCUAAAAGCCAUUGACUGUGAUGUUUUAAUCUCUUGUUACUGUGGCAAUGAAACAGGAUUAGUUGCCUGCAUUUAAAAUAAUAGCUUUUGUGUCUUCAGAGAACCAAUAAAUAGACUUAAAUAAAAAAUGGAUUUCUAGUUUUAUUUAUAAUGCUGUGUGAUGAUUGAAAGUACCAAGAAUUUAGUAGAACACCUUACUGCUCUCUUCUUUGAUAAAUAUGCUUGUAAUACAAGGGUGGACAGACACUCUAGUAGUUGCCUUUUUAGCUGUGGGAGUUUACUUGACUAUCUCAUCCUUGUUUGCAUGUAUUCAAUCAAAUAGAUCCUCAAAAAUAUAAGACAUCAGGACAGUAUCACUUGUUCUCUGUUUUCAGGUACAGAAAAACUGUUUAUUUCUUGCCUGGACACAAACAUUCUCUUAGAUCUUCCCCAGAUUCAUAGAAUCAUGUAUGAUCUUGCAUAUCUGUAAAUUAGAUCUGAAUUUCAGUUUCUUGUAAGAAGCACAUGGAUCAUUUUGCUGAAGUGUUACAUCAUUCUGAACUUUCCUGAUUAAUUAAUCCUUUUUAAGCCUAUGAAUUAAUCUUGUUAAAGUGAAUCAACACUCUAAUUGCCCAAUAAAAUCAGAUUCUGAGUGCACUUCACUUUAUUUGCAUGUUUCCUCUGCUGCUAAUUGAAAGGCAGAAUAAGCAGAAGUUCAUCAACUACUGACAUAGUUGGUUCCAGUAGUAAACACAUGCUUUGUAUGUUGGCACAAAGGAAAAUAAAGUCCAAA